AUGGAAUCUUUCUACUCUGCAGUGAACAACCGAGAUCUUGAGAGGGCGAUGGAGAUGGUUGCCGACGAUGCCCUCUAUGAAGAUUUUACAUUUCAGGAACCUUUCAAAGGGAGGGAGGGCGUCAGAGAGUUGUUGUCAGAUGCCAUGGAACUGCCAAAGGGCUUGGAUUUCGUCAUUGAUGAAACAGCCGGUGGGGAAGGCUGGGGUGGAGAUGAUUCCGUGGGGAUGACCUGGCACGUAGAGUUUGAUGGCGUGCCUUUGCCCAACAGCCGUGGGGCUUCGCUCUACAAGACGCAAGGUGGGAAGCUGGUCUAUGCUCGUGACAUCGUGGAAUCACCGCUGAAACUGGGAGGUGCGGCGCUGGGCAUCGUCGGCUUCAUUGCACCCAUCAUCAGGGCCUUGCAGCGUGGGUCGCUGGGCGACUUGGCACCAGCACUGGUGUUCGCUACAGCCGGGGCCUUGUAUUGGUAUAUCUUGCUCCUCUCGCCCCAGGGCCAGUUCUCAUUUCUGGGAGGCCCGCCAGCCUGGGCGAUAGAUGAGACAACGCUGAGGAAUGUUGUCGAUGAAUCAUUGAACUUUUUCUACAUCUGGCCCGGCCUGGAUAGCAUUGGUCUGCCAAGCCCCACCAGCCUCGGCAUUCCGCUGCCCAGUGUGGACCCACUUCGCCUGGCUUUGUUCAACCUUGCCGAAGCUUAUGCUUUCAUGCUGCUGCCCCUCCUCCUGUGGGACCGGCCAAAACGACAAGAUGUUUACAACUGGUGGGCGCCUGCCAUGUUUCUGACCAACGCGAUUCUGCUCCCAUACUUCACAGUGCGUGCUAUUGCCGGACCAUCGCCCGUCUCCAAGGCUAAGCCCAGUUGGGCUCCUCUUGUGGGCCUCAGUGCCCUGCUGGUGGCCUUUGUGGCGCUUUCGCAAUCCUGGGGGUUGUGGGGCAACUUCUUGCCUUUGGUGUUGGGAGACCGCGUCGCCUUUGCUUUUGCAGUGGACUGUUCACUUUUCGCUGUGUUGCAAGCGUAUGUGUUUGCGGAGACCGCCGGUCCGUCCUGGCGCUUUGUGCCAUGGACGCACAUUUCCGUCUCAGAGUCCUCAGAUGCCCAGAGCUGGGUGAAUGUUAGAAAGCCGUUGCUCAACCGCUUGCCACCAGGAGAGGCUCCAGCUGCGGAUCGGGUUGACGUGAUUGACAUGAAGAAGCAGGCGAUUUGUAGCUGGCGGUGUGAAGUCACUCAGUACACCAUCCGCGAAAAGUUGGAGGAGUCGAAAUCCCUGCUGCAGAAGCCUUCGACCCCUGACCCAUUCGCAGAUGAAGUCAGGUGUGGAUCUGUCCUCCGAAGAAUUGCGCUGAAGCAGCUGGACAAACCAUACAAGCCUGCACUGGAUCAGGCAGAAGCAGACGCGGAAAACCCCAAGCCCAAGCGCCAGCAGAUGGGAGAAGCCAUCGGAAGUGCUCUGGUCACCCUGGGACUGCGGAACAGCACCGCAAGGGUCGAUCGAGGCACAGACGACAUGGAGCUGUACGUGCGUUUCCAGGUAGUCUCUCGUUGGAAAGGUCUGGCCCGUGGGAGCCGCAGCCCACCUUCAGUGCCUAUGCAAGCACCGUCGCCCGUCAGGUGCAUUGCGACUUUGGCGAAUUCAAUUGUUGCCGGCUACGAGGAUGGCAAUGUCUUCGUCUGGGAUGCGUCCGGGCAAUCCAGUCCUCUGCAUCAGUUUCAGGCGCAUGCCGUUCCUGUCACUGCCAUUGCCGUCCUGCCACCACUGGGCUGUGUCGUCACUGCGGGUGAGGUUCGCAAUGGCCUGGAGGCUUUCUCUGAAUCUCGGAUCCGUCUGUGGAGCACUGUGACACUCGAAUUGCGUCAGUCAGUGUCGUUGAACGGAUCUGUGGCACGAGUAUUGCGUCCUUUGGUGUUGGGUGCCGCAAUCGAAGACAUCAUGCAGGCGGCGGAGGCAGCAGGUCGCUCCAUCGAGAAGAGGGAAAAGGUGGUCCCUCCAUGCCUGGCAGUUGGCACUGACUCAAGGCAGUUGAAACAGGUGCGGCUGAUGCGCGUCAGCCUGGAUAUGGCCAAGAAGUGA